AUGACUCCUGGGGAUCCUGCUAGCUUCAAAAGCUGUUUGAGUGGGGAUGUGGAAUCUGAGAAAGAAGAUGAUAAUAAACUAGAGGAUGAGAUGCAUGAGGACAAAGAUGAUAAGCGAUAUUCGCCUGAGCCUAUACCUAAGCACACAGAAAACCAAUUUGAAGAGGAAGAUGGAUCCUUCUCUCCACAGCUAAUGCAUGGCAAUGAAGAUGAAGAUGCAAUUGAUCCUGAAGAGGACAAAGCUGAGCUAGACCGAAAACGUGAAGCUGUAGUUUUGGAGCAUCAAAGGAAAGUUCAUGAAGCCAUGAAAGCAAAGGCAAGAGUACCUGAUGAGAUGGAGAUGAAGGCCAUAAAAAUGAUGGGAGCUAUGGAGGAAGGAGAUGCAGUAUUUGGUGCUGGUGCUGAAGUGAACCAUGAUUCACAGUUUAAUAUAGAGGUAAUGCCAUAUUUGAGUUCGAUACCAUGGGUGGUAACAAGUUUAACACAUAAGAAGCGUGAUUUAGCAACUUUGGUGCAUCCUACCGCAUAUGAACUCAGCUGGUUUCUGAUGGCAUAUGCUUGUUCAAUAUGCUCAUAG